AUGGUAGCCGUGGCAGCCUUGCUAUCAGCACUGAGAAAAGCCAGGCUUCUGGUUGUAUGUCCCAUGCGAUCCAUACGGAUGGACGGCCUCUGCUUGCCUAUCUCCCCUUUUCUUGUGAUAUCAUUGGAAAUAACUUUCUUCAUUUGCGGUCUGCUGUUUGCCCUGGUUGUAGAAGAAUGGGUUUGGGAUUACGCUGUAACAGUUACUAUUAUUCAUAUCAUCAUAACUUCAGUUGUUAUGUCUGAAUUCCCCUUGAUGUUACACUGGUGGCUGGCAUUAGGAUCUGGAGUAAUCUCAAUGAUUUGUGGAGGACAGAUUUUGGCAUACUGCUUGUUCAAAGACAACUUCAUUUACCCAAUUCUGGAUGAUUUUUGA